AUGCGCAAGCGUGUUCUUUGGUCAGAUCGCAUUGAUCAUCUUGUUGAUAAUCUCAUCGGUAGAGGACCGGAGGCGUUGGAGUAUCCCUUAGUGCAGCUAUUUGCUGUUAAGUUGUUGGCUCGGUUGGGUCGCUGUGAACCGAUUUAUCUGAAAAGAUUAGCAGAAAUUGUGGUAUCGGAUGCAUUGAAAAGAGGCGUUUCGCACAGGGGUGUGAUUGCAGCUGUGGGAGAGGAGGAAACGACCAACGAAGAAUUUGGUGAAGUUUUGGUACGGGUUCCGAAGCACUACGAGAAUUACGACAACUUUGUGUUGACGUUCGCAUACCAUUUGAAAUUCGAUUAUAAGGAUGGGAUAAGAAGCCAAGCUUUGGAAGAGCUGGUCGAAGAUAUAGUUACGAAUCCGGAGAGGCUGAGGGCUCUGACUAUGGCCGCGUUAGUGUGUGCUGAUAAAUUGGGCGUUGGUGAUAGGGAAAUUAUGAAGGAGGUUUUGAGAGAUAAGUUACAGAUUGCAGCCACUUUGUGGGCGUGGUUGCUGAAGUCUAACAAACAGUUCAAGAAAGUUCACUUUGGUAUUUUAGCUCAUACUCUGGCGAGCGUCGCGAAGAUUCAUCGUCAAGUUGAGGAAGGGGUAUCGAUCGAUAUAUGGGCUCACGUUGCUGCCUUGCUUAACGUGGAAGUGGCUAAUGGAGCGUUGGAGGAAGUUGAUAACUACACUCAAUUAUAUCGUGUGAAGGAAUGGUGGGAAUGUGUGAACAACGAUAUUGCUGAAACCGGGAAGAUCCUCAUUCGAGUUGCCCACCCAGAGAUGACACUGUUACUUGACGAUCUCCCCCUCAACUGCCGCCUCAACUGCACAGCAAAAAAAGCAGCGCCUUGCUGGCAACGAUUACACACUUACGAGAAGGUCCUCGAGAUUCGCAAUUUCCGAAACGGGUUUACGGAAAAGGUCCGAGCCGGCGACGUACGUGCACGCAAUUGA